AUGGAUCCAGAUCAGUCUGAAGAUCCACCCAAGAAAAGAGUUUUCGGAGCGUCAACGAAGGAGGACCAGCAAAAACUCAUCUCUGACGCUGUUCCAAAGAGUACACACUCAGCAACCCAGUAUUGGGUACGGCUCUUCACUGAUUACUGCAAAGAUCAAAAGGCUUCGACUACGAACUUCUCCUCAAUCCCUAUUCCGGAUCUUUCAGACCUAGUUGGCUCUUUCUACGUCGAUGCGAAGACGCGCCAUGGAACUCCUUUCUCAAAGAACAGUCUUCUGGCAGCAAGAAGUGCUAUACAGCGUCAUCUGUCUUCUAUGCGAGAAAUCAACAUAUUCAGCGAUGAAGCCUUUGCAAGGACCAACAAACUAUUGGAUGGUGUACUAAAGGCACGCAAGCGCGCAGGCAACGAACCAGCUGUAAAGCACAAAGAACCACUGUCUGAAGACGAUCUCGGAAAGCUGCGCACAUAUUUCGAGGAUGUCGUCGAAACAACCGACGCGAUCAAGCUGGCGUUCUACGUUUGGUACCAGCUAACUCUCCACUUCUGCCUCAGAGGUGGUGAAAUGCAGUCAAAGCUAACGAAACGCGACCUCGUGUUUGAAUCUAUCGACGGACAAGACGUGCUCAGGCUUGGAACAUCGUUUAUGUCCAAGAAUCACCAAGGGGGCUUGACAGGAUCGGACUGGUCGUCAGCAGGAGUAAUUAUGAUCAAACGCAGCUGA